UUCCAAGCUCAAACGCGAAUCUCAUCUCUCUCUUAAGUCUUAAGGCCCGUGUCUGUGUGACUGUGUGUGUGAAUGUGAUAUCGACGAUGCCUGCAGAGAUGGGGUUUCAGGACCAGACAUCCACGUCGUCGAGAGGUCCGGGCGUGGGACCUCGCGACGCGAGCCCUGACUCCGUCAUAUUCACCCUCGAAUCAAACUUCGGCAGCCUCUUCUCCUCUGCUUCCGCUAGCGUCGACCGCUGCUCGUUCGCAUCCGAUGCCCAUGACCACGACUCCCUCGCCUCUGAAAUCUCUCUACAUUUGGCAGGACCUGAGCAUGGCGAUCAUCGCGAGAGCUCGAGUGGUCCAGAUCCGGAUUCAGAUCCAAACAAACCAACAGUGCACUACAAUAACUCUAUCAGCAAGCACAGUCGUUUCUCCAGAAAUGGAGACAAACCAAAAGUUCAAAAGGAAGACAGCGACGCAGAGUUUGAAGACGAAACACCGCCCCUAGACUCUGCCAGGAGCUCCUUCUCUCUAGCUCUCAAAGAAUGCCAGGAGCGGAGAUCCAGAUCUGAAGCUCUGUCCAAGAAUCCAGACAGGCGAAGACCCGCGUCGUUGGAUCUGAACAAUGCUACCGCCUCCUCCUCCUCGUCGCCGCGCUUGGCGACCAUGAAGAAAAGCUCAGCGGUUUCGUCUCGCAGGUCCGGGACGUUUCCGAGUCCCGGGACACCGAAUUAUCGGCACGCGGGAAUCGGAGGGCAAAAGGGUUGGAGCUCGGAGCGAGUACCGUCGCAUGCGAGCGCCAACCGGAGGCAGGCGGUGAAUGCUGCGUUGCUGCCUUUCAACAACGGAAGGUCGACGUUGCCUUCGAAAUGGGAAGACGCCGAGAGGUGGAUUUUCAGUCCGGUUUCGGGAGACGGUGGUGCGAGGCCUUCGGUCCAGCCACAGCAGAGGCGUCCCAAGUCCAAGAGUGGGCCGCUCGGGCCGCCUGGGAUUGCAUAUUACUCGCUGUAUUCGCCAGCGAUGCCGAUGUUUGAUGCGGGGAAUGUGGAUAAUUUCGCCACGCGUUCUCCGUUUUCUGCCAGUGUGAUAGCGGCGGAUGGGUUGGGGAUGCGUUGUAGUGGCAAUAAUGGUGGAGGCUUUGCUGGGCGGACCGAGCCUUGCAUGGCCCGUUCGGUUAGUGUGCAUGGGUACUCUGAGAUGCCAAGCCAGUCAUCAUUGCCUGGAUCCCAAGAUGAAAAGCUUGAUGGGAUCAAGGAUGGAGCCACCGACAUAUCUCGAGAUGUUUCAAGAAGGGACAUGGCAACCCAAAUGAGCCCAGAGAAUAGCACUCACUCGUCUCCCCAAAGGAGGCUUUCUUUCUCUGCCUCCACUCCCUCCGCCCUGCCUAUUGUGGAGUUGCAGAAUGUCCCAUCCUCUAAAUUGGAAGUUAGGGAUGUGCAGGUAGAUGAACGUGUCACCGUCACUAGGUGGUCCAAAAAACAUAGAGCUCGAUUCUCUGGGAAGGGCUCAGGGAAUGUUGAUAACUGGAAAAAGAAAGACAGAGAUACUCAAUCUUCAGAUUGGGAUGUAAAGAGCAUUUCCAAGUUGAAAAGAGAGGAAGCCAAAAUCAGUGCAUGGGAGAACCUGCAGAAGGCAAAAGCUGAGGCAGCAAUACGCAAGCUAGAGAUGAAGCUGGAAAAGAAGAGAUCAUCAUCCAUGGAUAAGAUAAUGAACAAGCUGAGAUUGGCUCAAAAGAGAGCUCAAGACAUGAGGAGCUCAGUGGUGGUCAAUCAGGCCCAUCAAGUUACCGGGACUUCCCAUAAGGCUUUAUCAUUCCGCAGAACCCGUCAGAUAAGCUCUUUGAGUGGUUGUUUCACCUGCCAUGCUUUUUAAUGCCUCAUCCAGCCAUCUAUUACUCUGCUUGACCAAUACUAGCAGGUUAAAGUAGAAUGGAAAAUGGCUUGCAAGAACAUGAUUGGAUGGUGUACAGCGGAGGACAAAUAUUAUUUUGACACUUAUUUGGUGUCGAUGCAGAGUCUGUGGUGGACUAAAGCACCAGUACUUCCAGCAAGGUACCUGAUAAGAAGUGAGACUCCAGUCACCGCAUUCCUGGGGAUUCUAUGGUUAAUAACGCGUGUAUGUAUGUAAAUAAAGCUUUAGAUUUUUUGUUUCUUUUUUCCUUUCGGAGGUUUCUUUUCUACCAAGACAGCUUGGCCCAGAAAUGGAGAUACCAUUCAUCUAGUUGAGCUAUAUUUUUGUUGAAACUUGGAAAUGACUAGAUUAUGUCCACUCUGUGCAAUAUUAUGAUUGAUAUAUUAAUUUUUGAAAAUGUUCCAUUUGCUA